AUGCUCACUAUUGACCUGACUCCAGCUGUAGUCGAAGAAGCAUUGAACAACGAUACAGGGGUGAUCGUAGCCUACCACCCGCCCAUAUUCUCCGGCCUCAAGUCUCUUACGCUCACCAAUCCACUCCAACGAUCACUACUUCGUUGUGCGGCGGAAGGAAUUUCUAUUUUUAGCCCACAUACUGCACUGGACUCGGUUCGUGGUGGGGUAAAUGAUACUCUUGCCGAAAGCCUCGGAAUUUUGGCUCAAAGUAGUUUAAUUGGUGAAGAAAAGGAAGGUGGUGCGGGUGCGGGCCGACUCAUAACUCUUUCGGAACCGGUUAGCCUGGAAACCCUUUGUAAACGGGUCAAGGCGUAUUGUGGGCUAAACCACUUGCAACUGGGCGUGCCACCUGAGGCCGAGCCCCAGAUUAGUACGAUCGCCAUUUGCGCCGGCUCUGGUGGCUCGCUUCUCAAGGGUGUCAAGGCUGAUGCAUAUCUCACUGGAGAAAUGUCGCACCACGAAGUACUAGCAGCAGUCGCUCAGGGUACUUCGGUCAUUCUAUGCGGUCAUUCCAAUACGGAGCGGCCUUAUCUUCCUACACUCCAGAAAAAACUUCAGCAGGCGUUAGACGAUGACGAAGAGCUAGCUGGCGAGAGCUAUGAUGUUGUUAUCAGUAAAGCAGACGCAGAUCCUCUCAAAAUUGUCAUGAAGGCAGCUCGAGUGAACAAGCAGGGUUCCAUCGAAGAGAUCGAGGUUGUAGAUAUCCCUGUGCCGACUCCUAAGCCCGGAGAAGUUCUGGUCAAGGCGGAAUGGGCAGGAGUCAACUUUAUUGAUACGUACUUCCGAGGCGGCGUGUAUCCGCGGGAGACCCCGUUUACGCUUGGCCAGGAGGUCUCAGGAACUAUCGUUGCUCUUCCCAGUUCAGCCGAUCUCCUCAGUUCGAACGACUAUAAAGUUCGCGGGUUUAAAGAGGGUUUAAAAGUGGCUGCCUUGGCAAGCGGAGGAUUUGCCGAAUACGUCGCCGUCCCAUGGAAGGAUGUACAGGUUCUUCCUGAAGGCGUUGAUACACGCCAAGGAGCAGUUUCUCUACUGCAAGGUUUAACGGCCCUAACAUUUGUAAAGGAGGCAUAUCCCGUUAAGAAAGGUGAAUGGAUCCUGAUCCAUGCAGCAGCGGGUGGUGUUGGUCUCCUUUUGGUACAGCUCGCCAGCCAAUUCGGCGCAAAUGUUAUCGGUACGACAUCAUCGCAAGUUAAAGCGGAAAUAGCAAAGAAGGCGGGAGCGAAGCAUAUAAUCAACUACUCCGAGUCAUCCGUUCCUGAUGAAGUCUUGAAGCUAACAGAGGGCCGUGGUGUUGAAGCUAUCUUUGAUGGCGUUGGCGCCUCAACCUGGGAAGGCAACUUUACUUCGAUCCGCCGCAAAGGUACAAUCGCCAGUUUUGGCAAUGCCAGUGGUGUUGUCCCGCCCUUUUCUGUGCUCAAGCUUGGCCCGAAGAACAUCAAAGUUUGUAGACCCGUCGUCAACAACUAUAUUACCGAGCCGGCUGAGUUCCAUGGAUACGCUACCGAGCUAUUUGACCUCAUCAAAAACGGGAAGCUCGAGGUCGCUGUUCAUUCCGAGUAUCCUUUCACUACUGAAGGAAUGCGCCAAACUCAUACGGACAUCACCGGGCGAGGCACAUCCGGUAAACUUAUUGUAAAGAUUGCAUGA